CUUCCGGGAACGCGCAGACGCGGAGCCCAGGUGGCGGAGUCGGAGCUAUGCUCCUCUUCUGUCCGGGAUGCGGGAACGGAUUGAUUGUGGAGGAGGGCCAGCGCUGCCACCGCUUCGCCUGCAACACUUGCCCCUACGUGCAUAACGUCACCCGCAAGGUAACCAACAGGAAGUAUCCAAAGCUGAAAGAAGUGGAUGAUGUGCUUGGGGGAGCAGCUGCCUGGGAGAAUGUUGACUCUACGGCAGAGCCAUGUCCCAAAUGCGAACAUCCUCGAGCUUACUUCAUGCAACUCCAGACCCGCUCUGCAGACGAACCCAUGACCACCUUCUACAAGUGCUGCAAUGCUCAGUGCGGACACCGCUGGAGGGACUAGGCCCAGCUACACCGUUGACGCCCAGCGGGAUACGAAUCAUGUGUUCUGAGGGUCUUCGCUGGUGUAGUGGGAAGUUCGCCCCUUGGGAUGAAAGACCAGGGUGUCAGGAAAUGGAGCCYGCCUGCCAGUCAGGGAGUUGCUGUGUGUGGGGAGGAGACCCACAGGGAAGUGUGCUGGGUUUAAAGUCCUGCUCAUUCUCCUUUUACAUUCACUAGGCAGAUGACAUUUUCUCACCACCAAUGAAUACUCCACUGUUUGCACAACUUAGUACUUUAAAUUUUCCUAAAUAUUUAACUGUUAAUUAUAAGCCUGUAACCAAAACUUGUUUUGAAUGUCUCAUAAAAAUGAAGUUUAA